AUGUACAUGCCGGUCAUGAUAGCCCGGGCGGUGCUGGAUAGGCUGGAGGACGCGGUCACCGUGGAGGCUCGGCCGCCGCCGCCGCCGCCGCCGUGCGCGACGCGCUCCACUUGGCACUCCGUGGAGACUCUGGUGGUGGUCCUGGCGGCGAUCACGAUGGCCGCGGUGAUCGCGGGGGUGUUCGCCCGGGCGUGCGGCGGGCGGCAUCUGGUGGGCGGCGGUGACCACGACGUCGAGGGGUGGGUGGAGCAGAAAUGCAGUAGUUGCCUGGACGGCGGCGUGGCACCGCCACCUCCUCCGAGGUCGGGUGAAGCCAAGAAUUGA